UUUGUUUGUUCCAGGACUCGGGCGUGGUAUUUUGUUGUGAUUGUACGAGGUCGUGAACGACAGCCAAUAUGAUGGACGAUGAUGCGGGCGCCCUCGUAGUGGACAACGGGUCCGGCAUGUGCAAGGCCGGGUUCGCCGGCGACGACGCGCCGCGCGCCGUGUUCCCCUCCAUCGUGGGCCGCCCGCGCCACCAGGGCGUCAUGGUGGGCAUGGGGCAGAAGGACUCCUACGUGGGAGACGAGGCCCAGAGCAAGAGAGGUAUUCUCACCCUCAAGUACCCCAUCGAGCACGGCAUCAUCACCAACUGGGACGACAUGGAGAAGAUCUGGCACCACACUUUCUACAACGAGCUGCGCGUGGCGCCCGAGGAGCACCCAAUCCUGCUGACAGAAGCCCCGUUAAACCCCAAGGCCAACAGGGAGAAGAUGACUCAGAUCAUGUUCGAGACCUUCAACUGCCCCGCGAUGUACGUCGCCAUCCAGGCCGUGCUCUCCCUGUACGCCUCCGGUCGCACCACCGGUAUCGUGCUGGACUCCGGAGAUGGUGUGUCCCACACCGUCCCUAUCUAUGAAGGAUACGCCCUUCCCCACGCUAUCCUCCGCUUGGACUUGGCUGGCCGCGAUUUAACUGAUUACCUCAUGAAAAUUCUCACCGAGCGCGGGUACUCUUUCACCACCACCGCUGAGAGGGAAAUCGUGCGUGACGUCAAGGAGAAGCUGUGCUAUGUCGCCCUCGACUUCGAGCAGGAGAUGGCCACCGCCGCCGCCUCCAGCUCCCUAGAGAAGUCCUACGAGCUUCCCGAUGGUCAGGUCAUUACCAUCGGUAACGAGAGAUUUCGCUGUCCCGAGGCAAUGUUCCAGCCUUCCUUCCUGGGAAUGGAGUCGUGCGGAAUUCACGAGACCGUGUACGCGUCGAUUAUGAAGUGCGAUGUCGACAUCCGUAAGGACCUGUACGCCAACACCGUACUCUCCGGUGGCACCACCAUGUACCCCGGUAUCGCUGACAGGAUGCAGAAGGAGAUCACCGCGCUGGCUCCCUCCACCAUCAAGAUCAAGAUCAUUGCUCCCCCCGAGAGAAAGUACUCCGUCUGGAUCGGUGGGUCCAUCUUGGCGUCUCUAUCCACGUUCCAACAGAUGUGGAUCUCGAAGCAGGAAUACGAUGAGUCUGGGCCGGGCAUCGUGCACCGCAAGUGCUUCUAAAAGUUUUCGUGUCAUGUCGGAAUCCACUCGUAU